GUUAGAGAGAGAGGGGAGAGAGAAAGAGAAAGAGAAAGGGAAAGAGAAAGGGAGAGACAAAGAAAAAAUGGGUAAGAUAGUGGAGAAGAGGAAGAAGAAGAAAGGUCGUCCUUCUCUCUUAGAUCUCCAAAAACGUACUCUAAAACAACAAGAAGAACAGCAACAGAAGCAACACCACAAGCAAAAUCAAAUUCGAAAUGUUCCCAAUUCAAAUUCCAAAAAUUCAACUCUUCACUCUUCUAGCAAUUACAAGGCUGCCACUCCUCCUCUCCGUCGAUCCAGCCGCCGCAACCCCACCCCUUCCUCACCGGAAACUCAAUACCAUAACUCUGAACAAGAUGAAGACGACGAAGCCGUUGAAUUGAAUGGGAAACGUCGAGAGAAGAAGCUCAAGCUAGUUCUCAAAUUACCUUCUUCCCAAAAAUCGGAGCCUGAUUCGGCGUCACAUAACUCCAAUGGGUCGGAUUCGAAUGCUGAAGAGGAUAAGACAGCGGCUUCGUAUCAUAGGAAAAGAAAAAUCAAUGCGAUCAGUGAUGGAUCUGGGCUUGGUGUAAGCGAAAAGGCAGAGAAGUCUGUUCCUGGCGCAAACCCCACAAAUAAUAUACAAGAUUCGGGACCCUCAACGCCUUUACCUGAUAAAAAGCUGUUACUGUUCAUCCUCGAUAGGCUUCAAAAGAAGGACACAUAUGGAGUCUUCUCUGAACCAGUAGACCCCAAUGAGCUUCCAGAUUACCAUGAAGUCAUUGAGCAUCCCAUGGAUUUUGCAACUGUCAAAAAGAAACUUUCUAGUGGAGUUUACACCAAUUUGGAACAAUUUGAGAAAGAUGUUUUCUUGAUAUGUUCGAAUGCAAUGCAGUAUAAUGCCCCAGAUACCAUAUAUUUUAGACAGGCACGAUCAAUACAAGAGCUGGCAAAAAAGAACUUUGAAAAUUUAAGGCAAGACAGUGAUGAUAAUGAACCAGAACCUAAAAUAGUGAGGAGAGGUAGACCACCAACCAAGAAUAUUAAAAAACCACUAGGCAGGCCUUCAUUGGAGCGUGCUGGUUCGGAGUUUUCCUUGGAUGCAUCUCUUGCUACUGGUGGAGAUAACACCAUCUGGUCCAGUUGUGAUCUGAGAAAAGGACCUCUUGUUUCAGAAAAGUCUGGUUUUGCAGAUUCAUCUGGACGAUCUCAUGGUUCUCGCAAUGAUGCUUUUUGGUUGGCUGAUAAUAAAUUCGAGAGGAAUGAAGAAACUGCAGGUUCUAGUUCUAUGUUUAAAGGUAAUUCAAUGAAGUAUGGGAAAAAGCAAUUUUCAUUUGAUGAGAACAGGCGUAACACUUACAAGCAAUCAUCAGCUGGUGGACGGGAGCCAUCUGUGCUGACUACUUUUGAUUCAGAGAGGAAGCAGCUAAUGACUGUAGGGCUUCUGUCAGAGAAUGGUUAUGCAAGGAGCUUAGCUCGAUUUGCUGCUAAUAUUGGGACUGUUGCUUGGAGAAUUGCUUCAAAAAGGAUAGAGAAGGCUUUGCCACCUGGAAUUAAGUUUGGUCCUGGAUGGGUUGGAGAAAAUGAUAUCCCACCACAGAAGGCAUUGCUUCUUCCUUCAUCCCCUCAAGGUCUGCCAUCACCAUCACGGCCUUUCUCUCAUCCUAAGGAUUGUGUGACCGCCACACCUAGUGUUGUUGAAUCUAAAGAAAGAUUGUUAGAAAAACCAGAAAAUAAUGGUACAGCAAAUGAGGCACCUACUGUUCUGUCAGCUUCAGAGGGACAUUUAAGUAAUGCUCUUUCUCAAUCUGUCUCAGCAACUACAUCCUCUGCAGCUGCUAAUAAGUCUGAAUCUUGUGUAGAAAAAGUAGUUGAUGGAUUGAAUUCACAUGCCGGAUUUAGCAGAAGUAUGCUCAGGCCAAGGCCUCCUUUCCAGAUUCUUCAGAACCACGUAGUUCGCCCUGGCAUGAAUGGACUCAAUGGCACAUAUGGGUUUAAUCUUGCAACCCAGAUGGGGAAACUAGUCGGGCCUGCCAGGCCUGCUGGUUUUAAUCUGCAGUCACCUCAGACGAUUGACACAGUCUCUAGGACUAAUACAAGCUUCAUCAAUCCAGCUACAGUGAACAGCCUAAACACAGAAAAUCAAAAGCUUUCAGAGAAUUCCAGUGCAAUAAAUCCUAGUGGCGCAACAGCCAAUUCUGAGAAUGAGAAACCAGAAGCCCCAAAAUCCGGGCUUGAACCCCAAGCAUCUUGGCAAGGAUUGCCACCUCAGCAGAAACUAGAUUCAAGUUUGUCCCCACAACAGAAAUCUGAUGCUGUCCCACCUGACCUGAAUGUUAGAUUUCAAUCUCCAGUUUCUCCUAGUUCUAGCCGCGUUGAUUCGGCACAGCCAGAUUUAGCAUUGCAGCUAUGAAAGUAUAAAUGACGUAUAUUUUUAUUUUUUCCUCAUUCCUAUGAUUAAAGUUAACCAUAGAAUGGUGAGGUUCAGCAUUUGUGCUCCUGAGAGAUGGAGCCAUCUGAGCUGCACGUAAUUGUAUUGUGCAAGUGUAGGUUGUUUCUGUACAGAUUAAUGUAUUCUAAUUCUUAGGUUCACAAAAGAAAGAAGGUUUCAUUUGUAACAUUGGAACCAAUCAAAACAAGAUGUUGAUGUAGCAAGAAUUUGAUUUUAGGCUUUAGAUAAUUAGAUGUUUAGUUUACAAUUGAUGUUGUCAAUUUCAGAAAGCAGAAUUGACUGUAGCAUGUGAUGCACACUUGUAAUCCUUGAAUAUGUAGAAUUUCCUUCCAAUAUCAGAAAAUGGUCAACAAUGAUUGUAGCAGCUAA